AUGGGACCUCCCGAAGCAUUAUCAUCCUUUUUCUCUCUCAGCGUCUUGAGGGCAGUCGCAUCGCCUAGUAUAACUCGGUCCUCCGCCAUGACGGUAGCUUCUCUCGCAGACUCUCUCGUAGCCGUUCGGAAAACACAAACCGAGUCACUUUGUGUCUUCCGAAGCUUUGACCUGCUGUCUGACAUCUCUUCCUCUCAUCUUCUCAACCUCUCUUCCUCCCUUCCUCUCAUCUUCUCAACCUCCCAUCCUCCCGUCCUCUCAUCUUCUCAUCCUCUCUUCCUCUCAUCUUCUCAUCCUCCCAUCCUCCCAUCCUCUCAUCCUCCCUUCCUCUCAUCCGCCCUUCCUCGCAUUCUCCCUUCCUCCCAUCCCCCCGUCCUCUCAUCCUCCCUUCCUCUCAUCUUCUCAUCCUCCCAUCCUCCCGUCCUCUCAUCCGCCCUUCCUCUCAUGCUCCCUUCCUCUCAUCCUCCCGUCCUCUCAUCCUCCUUUCCUCUCAUCCUUCCUUCCUCCCUUUCUUCUCAUCCUCCCAUCCUCCCGUCCUCUCAUCCUCCCUUCCUCUCAUCCGCCCUUCCUCGCAUUCUCCCUUCCUCUCAUCCCCCCGUCCUCUCAUCCUCCCUUCCUCUCAUCUUCUCAUCCUCCCAUCCUCCCGUCCUCUCAUCCGCCCUUCCUCUUAUGCUCCCUUCCUCUCAUCCUCCCUUCUUCUUAUCCGCCCUUCCUCUCAUCCUCUCUUCCUCUCAUCCUCCCUUCUCAUCUUCUCACCCUCCCACCCGUCCUCUCAUCCUCCCGCUCUCGGUUCUAACUCUCCACCAUCCCACCGUUGGUCACAUCCUCCCUCUCUCUGUUUUUCCCCCACUCCCUUCCUUCCAUCCUUGUAAGCCAUGCUCUUCCACCCGCUGUGAUAGUGGUGGGAGUGCGCGUGGCAAUUGGCUUCCCCCGCACGCCGACGACCUGCUGCUGCGAGAGAUGAUGCACGCCGAGGAGGCUGCUGGGGUGGCGUGCUUUGCCGUUACUGCUGCCUGCCACAGCCUUGACAAUGUGAGCCUUCUGCACACUCCCACCGAGAGCAGAGUGAUGGAAUGUGAGGGCGGAGGGAUGGGAUGUGAGGGCGGAGGGAUGGGAUGUGAGGGCGGAGGGAUGGGAUGUGAGGGCGGAGGGAUGGGAGGGGGAAAUGAAGGCGACGGGAAGGGGAAAUGA